ACCUGGUGCGUUGUUAGUUCACCUGGCGUCGCAGGGCGAAGGUCGCAAAGUGACGAUCUCGUGACUGAGGAGUUUGACUAGUUCAAACAGCUCUGAUCACCUUUGACAGUAUAUUUUGGUCCGCUGUUCGGGUCGUUGAACCAAGAGUUUGCGAAAACUACAAGUCAAGAUUUAAAACAUACUAGUACACAAGGUAGGACACUCUGACAAGUUCUUUGUCUUUAAUACCCCGGCCUGAGGGCCGUAUCUUAGAACUCUAUAAGCGAAGGUAAAAAGUGUAACACCUGUCCUUCCGGUAUGAAAUUUCUCUUUCCAUACGGUGACAACAGCAUCUAAAGCGAACAGUAAAUAAAAACAGCAACAAAAAUUGUGGGAUAUAACGUUACCGAAUGAAGAACAAUUAUGACCAAAAGCCUAGUUGCUGUAGCACGUGUACGGGACAAACAGUUUGCGCAAUGAAUGUGGGUCGAUUGUCAACCUUUGCCCAACCUUGAGGUAAUAAGAGCACGCAGAAAGAAAUCAGUCCGGCUCAGCGGCUAAAAUGGACACGAGUUACUACCACCGCCCGGCUGACCAGCCGUUCCUGGACGACACGUUUGGCCAGCUGCUGGACAAGGCUGCUGUCCGCUGGCCGGACAGGGAUGCUUACGUCUUCCGUCCUGGCGGAAGAAGGGUCACCUUUGCCGAGCUGAAGGAACAGGUGGACAAGCUCGCAGCCGGACUAUUGGCCCUGGGCACCAAACGAGGGGACAGGAUCGGAUGGAUAGUCGACAACAGGCUGGAGUGGGUCCUGUUAUAUUUUGCCGUGGCGAAACUGGGGGCCAUUUCGGUACCGCUGGAAAACAUGUUUGAUUGGAGUGCGGAGGUUGCCAUCUACAUGCUAAACAAGGUGAAGUUGAAGACUUUAGUACUGCAAGACAGUGGCGAAGAUGAUGUUUACAGUAAAAACCCUCUGCAGUCACUGAUAGAGAUCGCGCCGGAGCUGGAGACAUGUCAGCCGGACCAACUGAAGAACCCAAAGUUACCCUUCCUGGAGACCGUGAUCGCUAUUAGUGAAAGCAAAUACAGCGGCUGCCACAUGUUUGACGACGUACAGCAGAUGGGUGGGAGUGAGGAAUAUAGAAGACUUGAGAGCAUGCAGGCAGAGCUCAGUGCCAAAGAUCCUGGUUUUCUUUUCUGUACUUCAGGUAGCACAGGGCUGCCGAAGUUCGUCCAGCACUGUUCCUACGCCCUUGUGAACUCCUGCGGUGAGUUCUUCAGGAUGACCGGUAUAGACAAGCAGCCCACGUGCCUUUUCCCUUCGGCUGCUGAAAGUGGCUUCUGGGAUGUGCACCAGCCAAUCGUGUUCGGCAACACGAUGGUAUUUCCCAGCCGCGGGAAGGCCACGGUUCUCGACUUGCUGUCCGCCAUUCAGGAAGAGAGAUGUGGCGCUGUGGCAGCCCUCUUGUUCAUCCAACAGUUCCACGAACUCUUGCAUCAUCCUCAGUUGAAGGACUAUGAUCUUUCGUCUUUGGAGAUGAUUCACGUCGGAGGCAAUGUGGUACACGAGAGUUUGGUUCAACUAUCGGCUCAGCUCCUCCCAAAUGUGAAAAUCCUGAACCUCUACGCCAUGACUGAGGUGAUAUGUGUGUCAACUGUCACUCCAGACAUGACACUAGAGACCGCCAGCACGACAGUUGGGAAAAUAUUCCCUGAAAUUGAGGUAAAACUGGUGGACAAAAGUGGAGAUGCUGUCCCACUGGGGCAGGACGGAGAGGUGUGGGUCAAAGGGUACUCCGUGUUCCAGGGGUACUGUGGGGACGAGGACACCAACAGGGACAUACUAUCGGCUGACGGGUGGUGCAAUACAGGGGAUAUCGGAAGAUUUGGUGAUGAUGGUUUACUCAGGAUCGUCGGGAGAUCAAAGGAUGUUAUUUUGAAGGACGAUGAAAACGUCUACCCGGUGAUGCUUGAACGGAUCUUUUAUGAGAUUUGUGACAAAGCCAAAAUCAUUAAGGCUAUUGGCGUGCCCCAUGAAACUCUUGUUGAGGAGAUCUGCAUCUGCAUCAUCUUGAAGGAUGGGGAAACUGCCACAGAGGAAGAGUUGCGGGAGCUGGCCUCAAAUGCUGGGAUGACAGGCGCGUUUGAGCCUGGAUAUUACCUCUUCAUGGAUGACUUCCCCAUGACAAAAAGUGAACGCAAGAUUGAUGUUAAAGCACUAAAGCGGAAAGCCAUAAGAGAGUUGGGCCUGCCAACAGAAGAAACGUGAACAGUAUAAGUAUGAUCACUAAAAACUUGUCAGCAACAUUAGACAUCACGGAGCGGACAAAUCUAAAAACAGACAAGAUGGUCGCCAUACUGAUGUCUUGCUUCUUGCUCCUUACAUUGUGACAUGUGCAAUUGUUCAUUCUGGAAUAUAUUUACUUAGAGAUUGAAUGAGGGAGGAUGUAGAUCAUGUCAUAUCAUAUCAUAAAAAAUUAAAUUAUAAGCACUAUAAUUUUCAAAAUAUAUCAAAUCAUUUCAAGCAAUAAUUCAUCAAUUUUAUUGUUGAUUUUACAGACACAAAAGUCUAUUGAUGUGAUUGGUUAAGAAUGUGUAAAGAUUUACUCCAUCAGAAAGAAGACUUUCUCUAAAGAUGUGAGCAUACAAACUGUGUCCUAUAGAUGUUUAGUGCUACUUAAAGUCUCAAAUCAUAAUCAAUUUGAACAUAUAAAUCUACAGUAACCUAUGUCAGUUGUAAAACUGAUCUUAUAAA